CAGCGGGCAAAAUUUUUUUUAUAAAAAUGUGUAUCGACUCUUUUUUGCUUAUAUGAACGCGACUGUCUUGAGAAAGGCAUAUGCCUUUUAUAUCUACUAAACACCUUCAAAAGCAGAGAAUCUACAGCUAUUUCUGUUAAGAUAUUUCUCGUUUUCUGUUUGUAUGCCCUCUGAUUAUGCCAAAUAUUUGCUUUUUGUUAUUACAACUUGCAUGUUAAAAAAUAAGUAUCAUUACCAAAGAUUAUUGAAUCAAAAUUCUUAUUUUGUUUAAUUUAAAACAAAUUGUAUUCGUGUCUGGCGUGUUUUCGAAGAGGUGCUAAGAGUAGCACAAUAAUAUAGCUCAAAUAAUGGAACAGGAAAUAUUGGAUGAAGAAUUUCGCUGCUACAUGCGUGUAGCACGUUCACUCGAAGUUACAUUGAAGCGACCCAAAGAUCUCGAGUGUUGUAAGCAACUGUUGAAAAAUUGUGAACGGCUUAAUGGCGUAGACAAUGUUAUGGUUAAAAAAAAUACAAAUGUUUUUAUGAAAUACUUGUUGAAAGUGAUUAAUUGGACAAGUGUGCAUCAGCCACUACAGCUGUAUGACAAAUGGUAUCAAGGUUCAAAAACUGAAGUUAAAUUGUGGCUUCAGGAUAACAAAUCAUAUAUGGCUGUUAAAGAAAUGCCAAACGGUGCGCUCGCUAUAUACUGUGCCGUUGCGAAUUCACCAAGUGCCGGUUGGCAAGACGGCGCAUUAAAAAUUAUGAAAGAUUCUAAAGAUCCAGAUGCAGAAGAAAUUUGAAGUUCUAUUGUUGUAUGUUUUAUUAUGUAUACAUUGUAGUGUAUGUGUAAAAAAUUUUUGUACGUGAAAUAUAUUUUUUUACAAUUUGAACUUAAAGCGAAAUGCUUA